AUGAACAUCAACCAUCGUCUUCAGGAGUGCAUCACAAUUCCACAACAGCAAGAAAAGCUUAAUGCUUUUCGUUCAAUUCUAAAGGAUGUACUUUCAGCACCAAACCAAGAACAGCAGCUUGAAGCAUACAUUAGAGCUGUCUUAAACGAGCAAGUUGGUUUGGUUAAUUCACGUCAGCUACUUUCUGAAUUCAUCAGUCUAUUCAACGAAAAGAUCACCGAUCGCAGUAUGCAAAAAGCAGUUUUGCUCUUCGCGAUUGAACAAGCACAUCCGCGUGCUGUUAGUUUCGAAGAAUCGUUAUCACACUUGAGAGAAAAAUUGGCUGAUGUGUAUGAACAAGAGGAUGAUUUUUUAGAAGCAGCGAAAAUACUACAGGGCAUAUCCUUAGAUUCUGGGCAUCGGGCUAUCUCAGACGAUUAUAAACUUCAGGUUUAUGUGCGUAUUGUCAGACUGUUGCUGGAAGAAGAUGAAGCAGUACAAGCUGAAUCUUAUUUGAACCGAGCUGCCUUGUUGUUACCGUCAUCUAAUGAUCCUUUACUCAAUUUAACAUUCAAAUUAUCUCACGCUCGCAUUUUAGACGCCAAAAGACGAUUCCUUGAGGCAUGUUCGAAAUAUCAUGAACUGAGCUACGUCAGCCAAGUUCCAGAAGAUGAAAGAAUUCUUUGCCUUACAGCAGCUGUUCAAUGUGCUGUAUUGGCAGGUGCAGGGCCUCAGCGGUCAAGAAUCUUAGCAACGCUUUAUAAAGACGAGCGAACACAUCAUCUACCAUCUUUUUCCAUUUUAGAAAAGACAUAUCUUGAAAGGGUGAUUCGACCAAACGAAGUGUCAGACUUUGCAGCAUCGCUAAAACCUCAUCAUUUAGCUCGUCUGGCCGACAACACUACUGUUUUUGAUCGUGCUAUUAUUGAACAUAAUCUAUUGUCAGCCUCUAAAAUAUAUAACAAUAUUUUUUUUGAUGAACUGGCAGUGCUGCUUAAUGUAACACCGGAGCAAGCAGAACAAGUAGCGGCCCGUAUGAUAUCAGAAAACAGAAUGAUAGGAAGUAUAGAUCAAAUCAUGAAAUGGGAUACAGCAAUUCAAGCACUCUGCUAUGAUCUUGAUGCAAUCAUUGGUAGUAUCCAGUUGAAGCAUCCAAACUACGUAGCAACAAAGUUUGUUGCAAUGAAGUAA